AUGGCUGCCAUAUACGGCGUCCUUUACGGUCAGCGGAGAAAUCCGGUUCAACAACUGUUUCACCCACGUCUAGCCAUGGUCGGGUUGCGGGACCAAGAAGUCUUACUGACAUUGAGGUACCUGGCUAAAAGAGACUUUUUUUCUGAAGUUAGAGACAUCCAUGGUGUGUCCAAGUCGCCAAUGUCCAGACACCUGCAUGACGUGGUGCUGGCGAUUAACAACAGGGUUGAUAACAUAAGAUUCAUUGAUGCUGUGGUGCGGUGGCCUGGCGCAACCAAUGAUGCUACUAUCUUUGAGAUGUCUGGCUUGAAGGAUUAUCUGGAGGCAAAUGCUGUAGGUGUAUUGCUGGGUGAUUCGGGUUAUGCUUUACGAAAUUAUGUAUUAACACCCAUCCUCAGACCCACUGCCAACGCAAAAAUGGCAAACAAUGAUGCCCAUGCCAGGGGCCGUGUAGUUGUUGAGAGGGCAUUUGGCGUGCUGAAGUCACGCUUUAAGUCAGUAUAA